UCGGCAUCAUGGCGUCGCAGCGCGGCGUGCGGGCGGAGCGACACUGCUGCGGUGGCCUCAGCCGUCGCCACGGCCGCUGACUGCUCAGAGGGCGGCAUGCAGCAACAGCAGCUCCAGCUUUCACCAUGCAUGCGACUCUACAUCUACGGACUUCAUGGCUUUUUGACUGAAAUAAUCUUCACGGCAGCUUGGGAAUACGUCACACGACUUAACUGGAAACUUCCAGGUUGUUCCAGUGUGUGGUCUCUCCCCAUCUAUGGUAUUUCUGGACUUGUGAUGGAAAGCAUACUGACUGCUUGCAUGUCUUUCAAAAUACCUGUUCAUAUACGUGGUUUGUGUUAUCUUUUGUGGGUUUAUCUCUGGGAGUUCUCAACAGGAUCCAUCCUGAAAACAUUUGGUGCAUGUCCAUGGGACUACUCAGAAUUUACAUACAAUUUCAGAGGGCUAAUAACGUUUGAAUAUGCUCCUUUAUGGUAUGUUGUUUCUCUGCUGAUGGAGAAAAUCAUAAUUAACAAGGUGCUGCAACUACGGUGGGUGGUCCCACAUAUUCACAAUGGUUCAGCCACAAAACUGUGUGACUGAAGUCAGUUGUACUGGCUGUUAAGAAAAAUUCAUCCUGUGAAAUAUUUGCCAAAAAUGGGUUGAAGUCCCAUUAAUACCAGAGAUUGGCAGACUCAUGAAAAACAAACAAAUGUAAUCAAGUACAGUACUUAAACAUGACCUUUUUGAAAACUUUAAGUGUAACGUCAUAGAGCAACUUUAAUACGAAAUUGACAGCUCUAUGUUGUAAAUAUGAUAUUGUGACAUGUGUGUACUUUCUUUCCUGUGAAGAGAUAUGUUUUACCGUGCAAGUGAAGUCAGUAAUCCAUACCUAGAGCAAAUAUGUUAGCUCACCGACAGUAUCUAGUUUGCUUCAAAAAACAAUUUUGUACAAUUCACAUUGGUAUGCUCUUGCUUGAUAGAUUCCAGUCUUGAUGCUUCCUCUCAUUAUUUCACUUUCUUUUUUUUGUGUCUUUAUUGCAGGUAAAUGGUAUUUAUGUUCCACAGGUAGAUAACAUCAGCAUUCCACUUCAGAACUAAGAACUAUACACUCUAUCUAUCAAAUAUUGAUACAGUACAGAUAAAUAUUAAUAAAUUUUCCUAAAAUACAUAAAAUGAAGUUAUAAUAAUUCAAAUACAUUUUCACAAUGAUAAAAUGAUAAGUAAGUAACAAAGGUUCAAUAUGUAAUGCAACCAUGCUACAAAAAAAUAUCAAUACUUUAGCAUUCAGUUUAUAACUAACAUGCAUGGGCCUUAUCAGUAGCAUAUAACAUAAUUUGCAAGUACAAGUAUUUUCAUUCAUGUUGCUACUGAUAAUCCCUCAGAGAAAAAAAAUAGCUAGCUUAAGGGCAGAAAACUGGAUAAAAAUAUUGUUAUUUACAAUUAAUUUCAGCUCUAUCACUAGACUCAUAGUUUCAUAAAUUCUUCUUAUUGAAAUAACUCUACACUCCUUUACUAUUCAGUUCACAAAUGGAGCAACAGUUACACUAGUGAAAAAAAGCAAUUUAUUUGCUCUGUUGUGUUCCAGCAUUACACUCAACUCUAAACAAAUUAAUAAUGAAGUAAUACAUACAAUAAAUAAUAAAAACCGAAACAAUGAUCAAGUGACAAAUAAAAUAUCAAAUCCAACAGUAGCUCAACAGCACUAGAACAUUGAUUAAGAAAGGAAACUUUAGACACAUCUGUCAUAAUCAUCAGCUUACAAAUAACUUUCUUCACAAGAAAGUGCAACAUUGUUUCCAAUUAUACCAGUACUAGCUGCCAAAAUGGAAAACUUAUGGUGGUCUGUUUCAUUUUUCCAUCAUUUGUUCCUUGUACAUACCUUCCUGUCUUCCUCAUUUUCCAGUUAUGCACACAUACAAGCAAAUACACACACACACACACACACACACACACACACAGAGAGAGAGAGAGAGAGAGAGAGAGAGAGAGAGAGAGAGAACAUCCAUAUGUUACUGUUUAUCACCUUCACAGUUGGAUUUUUCAGUGCAAGAAAGCACAUUUCCACAACAUUCUGUAUGGCAGUCAGCAGCUGAUUUUACUUCUGUAUUACAAAAACCAGAGAGCCUCUAAUGAUUAUAUUUCUUAUGUUACUUAGCAUACACAAUAUAAACAGUAUACAUGUAAUGUAAUGUCCUUUUUAUCAUUGCACUGGGCCUGAGACUUUCCAUGAUAAUGUACAAGUUUAAAUGAGUAUUUUUGCAUAAUGAAUGUGAAAAAAAUUCAAUUGUUUAGCCAUUAGCAAGUUCACCUCAAAAAUACUAAAAUCAGAUAAAUCAAAAAUGAAUAUUUCUCCAGAUACAUGUUUAAUUGAAGAAAAAACAAAGUUAAAGUAUAAAUUAAAUCUGAAUAUUGUACUGGGAAUUUUUAGGCGUAUUUCAAGUUUGUAUAAUUACUACAACUUUGAGACAUUGUGUCCUGGUGAGUUAUUUAAAUGAAUAUUUUGAAUACGGUGAUUCAUUGGGCAGCCACUGGAAAAGAAUGUAACACGUAAAGGUGCAGAAAAGGGGCAGAGUAAUAAAUAUCAGCUGUGUUUGGAGUACAUGGGAAAGAAAAUAAUGGUAACUUCCGAAUGAGCCAUCUUUCGCACAAUGCCCAGAUUACAUAUGUGUUUAUUUUUUACCUACUCCAGAAGGUGAACAGUUUAAGGUCUAAGAUUGUCUUUCUAUUUCUUCAGUUGGGAGGACUAUAAUUUCAUUUUUUUUUUUACCAAAUUUUCAUCCACUUUUCUCAGUUUCAGUUCAAUAAGAUCACAACACAUCAUAUUUAAUGCCUCUUGUAUAUUAAGAACAUUUUUCUGAUAUACUAUUGAAAAAAUGUGUAUGACAGAUAUGUAAUACUAUUUUGUUGUAUUAUGAGACUGAAAAUAUUAUAAAUGGAAUUAGAAACCUAAUAAUCUGAACAAAUCAGUGUGAUAAUGUGAUUGAGAAAUAUUAAUCAAGAACUCUAGAAAAAAUCGUACAUCAGCAAUAACUUGAAAACAUUAUAACAUUCUUGAUAAAAAUUCUAAUGACUACUACUACAAUAUUUUUGGGUCACUAUCAGAAUGAAAUAGGUUAGCCUGAGAGUAUCCAAUGAACAUUCUUACAUUCUUUUUCAAUAAAUUUUGCAACAUGUUUUAGUCAGAUGUAGCAUGUUCUCUAAGUGAAUCUAUUCCUAGAAUUAUUUGAAAAUUUAAAUAUUAUGGGAACAAAAGAAAAUUAUAAUGUGGUCUUUAUAUCCACUGCAUAAUUUGUAUCAUAUCUUACAUUUUGUAAAUG